AUGGCUGUCUUUCUGCUGAACAACUGCAGAUUUCAGGGAUGCGGACUGCAGUUUGACACCCUUGGGGACUUAAUACAACACAUAGAAGACACACAUAUCGAUUCAGAUCCACAAGUUCUAGAGAAGCAAGAGACUCGACAACCAUCAUCCCUGGCUCUUAGUUACAUCUUACGAUGUUUCACUAAUGAAGGAAGAAGGGCUCAGCAAGAGUUGAACAGGAAACAGAGAGAAUACUAUCAGUCUCCAGCGCCAACAGCUAGGAGUGUUACUCCUUCUGGAAGUGAAUUUGAUGACUAUGACUCAAAUAGUGAAGAAGAGGACAGUGAUGCAGCUGUCUCCACACAGGAAUUCUCUGCUGAACUGAUUCUCAGCAUGGUGAAUGGCCGUGAGAGUCCUGGAGAUUCGGAGAAACCUCUAGCUUGUCCAGUUCCUGGCUGUACCAAGAGAUACAAAAAUAUCAACGGCAUGAAAUACCAUGCUCACCAUGCUCACAAGAAGGAAAUCAGUCAAAUCAGGAAAGGAACAACCAUUUACAACUGUAGAUACUGCAGCAAGAGUUACAAGACGACAAAUGGUCUCCGUAAUCACAUGCUUAAUCAGCACACACCUUCUGACGUGAUGGCGAUCAAACCAGUGCAGCUGACCACAUCUAGUUCAGUGUUCCUGUCAUCCCAGAAAGCACUAGCCCAACAUUUAGAUAAAUCAAACAAUGAGUGCAGUGCUAGCGCCAUCUUGUCUGAGUCUUUCGACACUUCCUGUGAUGCUUCGUUUGCAGAGGACAGCAUAACGCCCUCUGAAUUCCCAUCUCCUGUAGCCAUUAAAAAAUCUUGAUAAAAAAGAUCUGGUAAAGAUGAUCAGGUUGAUGAAGAGACUGUAUGUGAAUCUGAUGGUAAUACUUAGUACUAUAUGUACUCUCCAAAUCAGUGUCAGAAAGCCUAUAUUAUAUCUGACCUAUGUUAUUAAACAUAACAUCUGCCUAUAUAGGACUACAUGUAAACAUGAUAUCAAACAUAUUCUAGCCUUUUAUGUUUGUGUAUAAAUACAUGAUCAACUAGAACUAUUAUUGAUAUAUUAAGACUGUAACUAGAGAUUUUGUCCUAAUGAGUUUUGAAUAGGCCCUGUUAGUUCAGCUGAUAAACUUUGUGGUGAACUCAAAAAAUGCAUCAAAGCGGAGCCUUGUUAAUCCAGUUAACACUCAGUUUCUGAUUUGGCUGUUCCCUUCUCAGUCACCACUGAUCUGGUCGUCUCCUCAGUCACCACUGAUCUGGUCGUCUCCUCAGUCACCACUGAUCUGGUCAUCUCCUCAGUCACCACUGAUCUGGUCUUCUACUCAGUCACCACUAAUCUAGUCUUCUACUCAGUCACCACUGAUCUGGUCGUCUCCUCAGUCACCACUGAUCUGGUCGUCUCCUCAGUCACCACUGAUCUGGUCGUCUCCUCAGUCACCACUGAUCUGGUCGUCUCCUCAGUCACCACUGAUCUGGUCUUCUACUCAGUCACCACUGAUCUGGUCGUCUCCUCAGUCACCACUAAUCUGGUCUUCUACUCAGUCACCACUGAUCUGGUCGUCUCCUCAGUCACCACUAACCUGGUCUACUACUCAGUCACCACUAAUCUGGUCGUCUCCUCAGUCACCACUGAUCUGGUUGUCUCCUCAGUCACCACUAAUCUGGUCGUCUCCUCAGUCACCACUAAUCUGGUCGUCUCCUCAGUCACCACUGAUCUGGUUGUCUCCUCAGUCACCACUAAUCUGGUUGUCCCCUUCACAGUCACCUCUAAUCUGGUUGUCUCCUCAGUCACCACUAAUCUGGUGGCUCCUCAGUCACCACUAAUCUGGUUGUCUCCUCAGUCACCACUGAUCUGGUUGUCUCCUCAGUCACUACUAAUCUGGUUGUCCCCUUCACAGUCACCACUAAUCUGGUCGUCUCCUCGGUCACCACUAAUCUGGUCGUCUCCUCGGUCACCACUGAUCUGGUCGUCUCCUCGGUCACCACUGAUCUGGUCGUCUCCUCGGUCACCACUGAUCUGGUCGUCUCCUCGGUCACCACUGAUCUGGUGGUCUCCUCGGUCACCACUGAUCUGGUGGUCUCCUCGGUCACCACUGAUCUGGUCGUCUCCUCGGUCACCACUGAUCUGGUCGUCUCCUCGGUCACCAUUGAUCUGGUUGUCCCCUUCACAGUCACCACUAAUCUGGUUGUCUUCUCAGUCACCACUGAUCUGGUUGUCUUCUCAGUCACCACUGAUCUGGUUGUCUCCUCAGUCACCACUGAUCUGGUCGUCUCCUCAGUCACCACUGAUCUGGUCGUUUCCUCAGUCACCACUGAUCUGGUCGUCUCCUCAGUCACCACUGAUCUGGUUGUUUCCUCAGUCACCACUGAUCUGGUCGUCUCCUCAGUCACCACUGAUCUGGUCGUCUCCUCGGUCACCAUUGAUCUGGUUGUCCCCUUCACAGUCACCACUAAUCUGGUCGUCUCCUCAGUCACCACUGAUCUGGUUGUUUCCUCAGUCACCACUGAUCUGGUCGUCUCCUCAGUCACCACUGAUCUGGUUGUUUCCUCAGUCACCACUAAUCAGAUGAUGACUCAUUAUGAUGAUGAUGAUGGUGAUGAUGAUAAUGAUGAUGGUGAUGAUGAUAAUGAUGAUGGUGAUGUAUGAAUAUGUUAUGAAAUCAGGUUAUUACAUUGGAUUUAGGUUUUUCUCCCUAAAUCCAUAUUCAGUAACUUUACACAACAACAUAUGUAACUAUUUCAACAGUAUCAUCAUUCAGCAUGAAUGUGUUGGAUGUUAUAAGUACAAAUAUUAGAACUAGAAAUCACAGAUGAUUUUUAAGAAUCCUGAAAUUGUAAACAGCAAUCCUGACAAUAUAUCACUUCUUGUAAGAUUACUAGAGAGGUCUUAUUCUAAGACCAAAAUAUUUUUUAUGAAAUGAACUUUAUAAAUGUUCAUCUAGUCAAAACGUUUUGUUCUGUUAAAUAUCACUUAUUUAUCGUUUACGUAAGGUGCAUGUACUGCUCUAUAUUGUGUUCUGAUAAAUCAUGUUUUCAGAUGGUUUUUAUGCUGGCCUCUGAAAUGAUUGCUCCACAAUGUUGUUUUUUUCUCAAAAUAAAAUUUCCCUCAGCUUUGGUAAAGUACACAUCAAAUAUUUUCUGUGAUAAAAUUUAAAUACAUUUUGAUAUCAGGACUUUUAAAUUCUCCUUAACUUUGAAAGAUAUCAUAAGUAAGAUUAAUGAAAUCUGGAGGGUUUCUAAAAUCAACUUUUAGAAUAUCAAAAGGAUUUCUGUUUUGUGUAACUUUUAUGAUUUCAGAAGGGAAUUUAUAUUGGUUUUAAUCUAAUUUGAAAAGUUUUAAAUUACAUGGCCAGAAGUGUUAAGGUGUGUUUCCUGAUUUUUGACAGGCCGCUACAUAAAGUAAUUGUUUCAGUAUAAUUGUAUUGAGUGCUCCUACUGACCAUCACUGACCAGAGUUCUAUUGAUGUUUUUGUAUGUAGCCAUUGUGUAUAUUAAGAACAUAACGAAGACUGAGAUUUUUUAAAAAUUUAUUUGAAGCCAAAUAAUUAGAUUGGAUUGAAAAGUGAUGAUUUGAUUAUACAUGGUUGAAAGAUUUGCCAAAAUGUGUUUCGUUUGAUUUGAUUUUCUGCCCAGUUUAAAGAUGUGUCAAAUUGUGUUACAUUCGUCUGAGAAAGAUAAAAUGUUGUUACAUAAUAAAAUGUUAGUUAAAA